UAUGAGGACACACAAAUCACAGAUGCAGCUGCAACGUCUUACCGUUUGGCAUUUCAUACGCUCUGAGAGUUUGAAUCCUUUACUGGAAGCUGCAGAUCUUGGCUUUGGGAUCGGGAUCAUGUCUCUGGAAGUGAAGGAAAAGACAGAAGUGCGCUUGGUGUUCAUGGGAGCCGCAGGUGUGGGGAAAACAGCACUGAUUAAACGCUUCCUACAAGACAGCUUCGACCCCAAACAUCGGCGCACGGUGGAGGAGCUCCACAGCAAGGAGUAUGAGGUGGCUGGAGUCAAAGUGACCAUUAACAUCAUGGACACGAGCGGCAGCUACUCCUUCCCAGCCAUGCGGAAGCUCUCCAUCCAGAAUGGAGAUGCAUUUGCCCUGGUCUACUCCGUGGACGACCCUGAAUCCCUAGAAGCCGUCAAGAGACUGCGUGAGGAAAUCCUGGAGGUCAAGGAGGACAAGUUCACACCCAUCGUGGUGGUGGGCAACAAAAAAGACCGACUGCAAGAACGAAGGGUAUCGGCGGAUGAUGUUCUGGUGAAGGUGGAACUGGACUGGAACAACUGUUUUCUGGAGGCCUCGGCUAAAGAAAACGAAAACGUGAUGGAGGUGUUCAAGGAGCUGCUCCAGCAAGCAAACCUCCCCAGCCAUCUCAGCCCGGCUUUACGCCGUCGCAGAGAGACCUUUCCCAAGGACAUGAGUCUAAGACCACCCAUGAACAAGACCAACAGCUGUUCUGUCUCCUAAAGCUGGUGAGAAAAUGAUUAGCGAGAGCGGAAAGAGUUGAGUUGCUUCUCAAUGCCAAUGUUGAAGCAAAGUGAAGAUGUGGAAGGCUCUUUGAAGGCAAGCAAAGAUGCUUUUGUUACAUGGCAAACUUCCCCUAAUCCUACUCCAAAAUCAGCAUCCUCUGCAGUGAUGAAGGAAAAGGGUCAAUGAUUACAGACAAAGGGGAGAAUGAUCAAAGGACAAUGAACUGUUGCAUUUUUGUGCAAAGAAUCUCGUGAAUGUUUUGACAGUGGUUUUGAGUUCCUGAAGUUCAGUUGUGUGAUCUGUGUUAAGAGCUUCUACAAUAUUAAAUAAUUUAUGUGUCAAAAUGUUCUGACUUUGCAAUGUUGUAAUGCCGUAGCAUGAAUGUUUUUUCUUUCUUUUUUUUACCAUAAUAUGACUGUAAUAAGACAUUCUUUUGGUUUACAAAUCAUUGCACCAAGUAUUGUAGUCACUGUGUCCAUUUUUUCAAAAUGUUUAGCACUGUGCACAUGCACUUUUACUAUGUCAAAAACUCAUAUGAUGCACUGGUGUUUUUAUUUUUGUUUUGUUUUGUUUUUUUGUAAUAAUUUCUUUUGGGUAUUUUGCACAUUUUUGAUUUGCUGUAACAUGUAAAGGAAAAAGAAAAGAAAAAGAAAACGAAUGUCACCUAAAAGUCUUUCUGGCUGGCAGCAAUUAUCUUGAUACAAUUAAUAUAUAUGUUAUGGCUUCAAGUAGUUUAGAAAAGACUUAAAAGUAGUGCUGUCACACAAAUAAUCAUAAUUAAUCACCUCCAAAAUAAAAGUUUUGGUUUACAUUA